AUGGUGUCAACGCGACGGAGUGGAUCUCUCUCCGGCGACAAGCCCACGACGGCGAACGGUAGCAGCAAGCCCACGACGGCGAAAGGUAGUAGCAAGAGAACUCCAUCUUGUUCCGAAGAAAAACCCCCUUCACCGAAGCGCCAAAAGCUCGAAGACGCCGAGAAGCCUGCGGCAGCAGCCGUGACGGAGGAGACGUCCAAGGAAGUCGCUCCAAUCUCCGGUGACGCCAAGCCUAAGGCCUCCCCGCCUGUUGCUCAAGGCUCAACACCGGCUUUGGUAGAGAAGCCAGUCACUUCUUUUUCCAGAUUGAAUAAAGAUCAGAAGCAUUGUGGGAAACCGUGGUGUAAACUUCUAUCACAGUCUGGACAGCAUCCAAGCCUUACCAUUUACACAUCCAGCUACACUAUUGGUUCUAGUAAAACCUGCAACUUCACAUUGAAAGACCAGACAUCAAGUGCAUUACUGUGCAGGAUCAAAAGAAAUCAGCAUGUAGCAGUUCUAGAGAGCACAGGAAACAAGGGAUAUGUGCUGAUAAACGGAACAACUGUCAAAAAGAAUGCCAGCCGUGUGCUACAGUCUGGUGACGAAGUGGUUUUCGGUACACUCGGGAGCUAUGCUUUUAUAUUUCAGCAAAUGUCUGAAGUUGCAGUAAGAGGUAGUGGGAUUCAGAAUCCUGCAAGGAAAUUUCGACAAUUAGAGAGAAGGGCAGGAGAUCCGGCAGCUGCAGCAAUUGCUUCAGUUUUGGCAUUUUCAAGCUUGCGGCGCGACUUAUCAUGUUUGAAAUCAUCAAACCAUGCAUCCAGUAAGAGGCGCCAAGCAGAGAAAUCUGCUACUUCUGUGCUUCAUGAUGGCACUGAGCUCGAAUUUGGUAACAUAGAAGGAAUUUCUGCUGUUAACAAUGAAAGUGAUAAAGCUGUGGAUAUUGGAGCAGUCAGUAGCCACAACCAAGAUUCCAAAAUGGAGAUAAUAGAUGAGAAAAAAGAGGUGACAAGGAAUUCACUACAAACUUCAACAUCAGGCAAUGGCCUGCGAUCUGCAAUGUUUAGAGAAGACAUUCAAGCUGGUAUUGUUGAAGGCAAAAGCUUGGAAGUCUCAUUCGAAAAUUUUCCAUAUUAUUUGAGUGAGCAUACAAAAAAUGUCUUAAUAGCUGCUUCACAUAUACAUCUAAAGCACAAAGAAUAUGCCAAGUAUGCCUCUAACUUGACCAAUUUGAAUCCAAGGAUAUUGCUUUCUGGUCCAGCAGGGUCUGAAAUAUACCAAGAGAUGUUAGUUAAAGCACUUGCCAAUUACUCUGAGGCGAAAUUGCUAAUAUUUGACAGCCAUAAAAUUUUGGGGGCUUUGACUGCCAAGGAAAUUGAGUCACUGAAAGAUGGACUUGCUUCUGAAAAAUCAUGUAACCGUCCAAAUCAGAGGAAAGGUUCCGAUUUGUCAACAGGUGAAGAAGAUGCUUCAACCUGUUCUCCUGCUGCUUCUCCUGGCCCAGACUCGCAGCCUAAGUUGGAGGACUCGCAGUCUAAGUUGCAGGAAGAGGCUUUAUGUCGUUUAUUUGGAACUCCAUUGAAUCAUACUUUGAAGAAAGGUGACAGGGUGAGAUUUUUCGGUGCUGGGUUGCAUCCGGGGCCAGCUACCUCAAGGGGGCCUCCAUACGGGAUUAAAGGGAAAGUUAUUUUAGUAUUUGAUGCGAAUCCUUUUGCCAAAGUGGGUGUUAGAUUUGAUAAGCCCAUACCUGAUGGAGUUGAUCUUGGUGGUCUAUGUGAAAAAGGGCGUGGGUUUUUCUGCAAUGCUACUGAUCUUUGGUUCGAAAGCUCAGGUUCUGAGGGUCUAGAUAAAUUACUUGUUAACACAUUGUUUGAGGUUGUCCAUGCUGAGAGCAGAACUUGUCCGUUUAUCCUUUUUAUGAAAGAUGCUGAGAAGUCUGUUGUUGGGAAUUCUGAUUCGUACUCGGCAUUUAAAAGCAAACUUGAACGUCUCCCAGAAAACGUGAUUGUAAUCGGUUCACAGACGCAUUCUGAUAAUUGCAAGGAGAAGUCUCAUCCUGGAGGUCUAUUUUUCAACAAAUUCGGUGGCAGCCAAACUGCUCUUCUUGACUUAGUUUUUCCAGAUAGCUUUGGACGACUACAUGAUCGAGGCAAGGAAUUCUCAAAGGCAACGAAACUUCUAACGAAGCUCUUUGGGAAUAAAGUUACUAUUCACAUGCCACAGGAUGAGGAUCUUCUAAAAUCCUGGAAUCAUUUGUUGGAUCGUGAUGCUGAGACUCUGAAAAUGAAGGCUAAUUUCAAUCACUUGCACAUGGUGCUGGGACGAUGUGGUCUGGAAUGUGAAGGAAUUGAGACGCUGUGCAUGGAGGAUCUGACACUUCAAAGCGACAGUGCUGAAAAGAUUGUAGGAUGGGCUCUUAGUGACCAUCUAAAGCGUAAUCCUGAUGCUGAUCCAGAUACUAGGAUUAUUAUGUCUCUUGACAGCAUAAAAUUUGGAAUUGGACUCUUACAGGCUCUGCUAAAUGAUACUAAAAGCUCAAAGAAGUGUCUCAAGGACAUUGUGACAGAAAAUGAGUUUGAGAAGAGGCUUUUAAGUGAUGUUAUUCCGCCUAGUGACAUUGGUGUUACAUUUGAUGACAUUGGGGCUCUUGAGAACGUUAAAGACACCUUAAAGGAAUUGGUUAUGCUUCCCUUGCAACGGCCUGAACUUUUCUGCAAGGGGAACUUAACAAAGCCUUGUAAAGGAAUUCUCUUAUUUGGACCUCCCGGAACUGGAAAGACUAUGCUUGCAAAGGCAGUGGCAACAGAAGCUGGGGCAAACUUUAUCAACAUCUCGAUGUCAAGCAUCGCAUCUAAGUGGUUUGGUGAGGGUGAGAAGUAUGUCAAAGCUGUCUUUUCAUUGGCCAGUAAAAUUGCCCCUAGUGUUAUCUUUGUGGACGAGGUGGAUAGCAUGCUAGGCCGAAGAGAAUGCCCGGGUGAACAUGAGGCCAUGCGGAAGAUGAAAAAUGAGUUCAUGAUGAAUUGGGACGGUCUAAGGACGAAGGACACGGAACGUGUUCUGGUUCUUGCAGCCACAAAUCGGCCUUUUGACCUUGAUGAGGCUGUCAUUAGACGGUUGCCCCGUAGGUUGAUGGUGGGGCUACCAGAUGCUCCGAACAGAGCAAAGAUAUUAAAGGUUAUCCUUGCAAAAGAAGACUUGUCCCCUGAUAUUGAUCUUGGUGGAGUUGCUAGUAUGAGUGAUGGAUAUUCUGGAAGCGAUCUUAAGAAUCUGUGUGUUACUGCUGCCCACCGUCCAAUCAAGGAAAUAUUGGAGAAGGAAAAAAGAGAGCGAGAUGCUGCACUGGCUGAAGGUAAAGUUCCUCCAGCUCUCUCUGGGAGUUCUGACAUCCGAGCUUUAAACAUGGAUGAUUUCAGAUACGCACAUGAGCGGGUGUGCGCAAGCGUCUCAUCUGAGUCGGUGAACAUGACGGGGCUUCAACAAUGGAACGAACUCUACGGGGAAGGAGGAUCUAGAAGGAAAAAAACACUCAGCUACUUCAUGUAA